CUCUGGACCCGGCUUGCGUCCCCACUCCCUGCAGCACAAGCUCCCUGGGGGUCGGGCGGCUGGUUUUUGUCUUUCCUCCAGGCCUAUCCUGCAAGAUUAGCGGAGCUCCCAGCGGUGCGGUCCUUGGGUCACUCAGUUCCCAAAGGGAUGAAGUGCCCGCAGGCCCCUUUGCUUUAGAAAUGGGCCAGGCCUUAGCACCAGCCCAGCAGAAGGUGUAGAGGCCCGUGUCCUCUGGGCGGACUUGUAUUCGUGUGCUUGGGUGUCUAUGCGUGGCGUCAGGGAUCAGAGUCCGUUAAAUUCUCAUUUAUUAAGUGCGACUCCUCCAUCAAGAACAUAAAAAAGACUCGCUCCUGAAGAACAUCUUCCUAGAAAAAAAGAGGCGCUGUGGUGACAUCACCCCCCACCUUAUAAAGUGGAGGAGCAUGCGCAGAAGGUGGUUGUGUAUGCGUACGCACAGGGUGUCGGAAGAAGGUGGGGGGAACCUGUAGGCCACGUGGCUGCUCCCCUCCAGUCGUGCCGCGCGCUGUCUCCGUCGCCGCCGCUGCUCGUUGCGGCGCCAGGGAGCGCGCCGCGUGCUCAUUGCCAGCUUUUUGCUGGGCGGGAAAAGUGCUAACGGCUCUACCUCGAGGCCAAGCUGCAGACGAGAUGGCGUCGGGACCCGACAAUACCGAGACGGAGGACUCGCCUCUGGUGAUCAGCCCCGGGAGGCGCGGGGAGAAGGUCGCUUUUUCGGUCCUCGAAGAAGGGGCCGCCAAAAGCGGUCUGUCCCCGGUGCGGUCGGUGGUGGCCUCCCCGAGGCCCGUGAAGGGCAGAGCGGGCCGAGAGGCAGCGAGGCGGCGGCUGCAGCUGCUGCCCAUCCCCCAGGCCGAGGGCCCCGGCGGAGACGGCGAGGAGGAAGAGGAGGAGGAGGAGAGCCUGCUCUCGGUGCACGAGGAGGAGGAGGAGGAGGCGCAGCCUCUGCCGCCAGUCUGCGCGUCCCCCAUGAGGGGCAUGUGGCGGGACGAGAAGGUGGCGCUCUAUUGCGAUCAGGUGUUGCAGGGCUGUAAGGCAGAGGAUGCUGAUGAAGCAAUGAGCAAAUAUCUAUCAGAAAAAUUAAAGAUGAAAGACAAAUGGCUUGGUGUCUGGAAGACAAAUCCAGAGUUGUUCUUCAUCAAAUAUGAAGAAGCUUCCAUACCUUUUGUUGGAGUUCUUGUUGAGGUAACUUGUAAACCACGCCAAAGCUCAUCAUCUUGUUUCAAAGUCACUGUAUCUGUUGCUGAACCCUUUUCAUCUAAUAUUGCAAAUAUUCCAAGGGAUUUGAUUGAUGAAACCUUGGAAGAAUUAGAACACAGUGUACCUCUUUUGGAAGUUUAUCCAGUUCAAGGACAAGAUGAUGAUAUACAUGAUAUUGCCCUGGCCUUGGAAGUUGUAAGGUUUUUCUAUGAUUUCCUUUGGAGAGACUGGGAUGAUGAAGAAAGCUGUGAGAAUUAUACAGCCCUAAUUGAAGAAAGAAUUAAUCUGUGGUGUGAUAUCCAGGAUGGUACAAUUCCCGGUCCUAUUGCACAGCGAUUUAAAAAAACUUUGGAGAAGUACAAAAACAAGCGCGUGGAACUGAUUGAAUACCAAAGCAAUAUUAAAGAAGAUCCAUCUGCAGCAGAAGCUGUUGAAUGUUGGAAAAAAUACUAUGAAAUUGUAAUGCUAUGUGGGUUGUUGAAGAUGUGGGAAGAUUUACGCCUCAGAGUGCAUGGACCUUUCUUCCCAAGAAUUUUGAGGCGUAGGAAAGGAAAAAGAGAAUUGGGGAAAACUAUAACUCAUAUUGUAGCAAAGGUGAUGACUACUGAAAUGGUUAAAGACUUAUCCUCAGACACACUUCUCCAACAACAUGAUGAUUUAGAUCUGGCUUUGGAUAGCUGUUACAGUGGUGACACAGUAGUCAUUUUUCCAGGAGAAUAUCAAGCUACCAAUCUUGCCUUAUUGACUGAUGACAUCAUUAUUAAAGGAGUUGGAAAGAGAGAGGAGAUUGUGAUCACUUCAGAACCUUCUCGUGACAGUUUUGUAGUAUCUAAAGCUGAAAAUGUGAAAUUGAUGCAUCUUACUUUGAUACAACAAGGGACUGUGGAUGGUAUUGUAGUCGUGGAGUCUGGUCACAUGUCCCUAGAGGACUGUGUAUUGAAAUGUGAAGGAACUGGAGUAUGUGUUCUUACAGGAGCAGCCUUGACUAUCACUGACAGUGAAAUUACUGGAGCUCAGGGUGCUGGGGUUGAACUGUAUCCUGGCAGCAUAGCCAUUUUGGAAAGAAAUGAAAUUCAUCACUGCAAUAAUCUUAGAACUAGUGACAAUUCAAAAAGCACCUUAGGUGGGGUGAAUAUGAAGGUUCUUCCUGCCCCCAAAUUGAAGAUGAAUAAUAAUCAUAUUUAUUGCAACAAUGGAUAUGGAGUAAGCAUUCUACAGCCAACCGAACAGUUUUUUAUUAUAGCAGAAGGAACUCUUAACAAAGGAGCUGCUUCAGGAGAUAAAAAAGAUGAUGAUAUGCUUUCCAAAGUAAUGCAAAAUCUGAAUCUGGAAAUGAAUAAUAAUAAGAUAGAAGCAAACUUAAAGGGGGAUAUCAGAAUAGUCACAAGUUAAAGCAUCAGGAUUCGUGUUGAGGAUGCGUAUUUGAGAUAUAUGUUUAAUAAAUAGUUGCUGAUUCCCAAGGGAAUGGUAGUUGUAAUUAAGUUCUGAGUUUGUUUAAUUAAACUAUGAAGAUUUUUCUAUUAAUGAUCUUGAAAGGAAUGAUUCAUUUUAACAUUUUAUGCUUUGGAUAGUAAACGAGUAUCCUGUUCAAGAACCCUUAGGAAAAAAAUUUGUUUUAGUAAUGUAAGGAAGGAACUUACAUUGUACUGGAAGAUAUGUUAAUUGCCCAGAUAAUAAACACAGUAUAUAUGCCAAGUUCACUCAUGAGUGACAGGGCACUAACCACUAGCAACAUCAGAAAAAGCCUCUUUAGAUUAUACCUCAGCAUUCUUUGGAAGGAAAUUAAGGAUUCUAUGAGGCAGACUGAGGAAAGUGGGAAUAUCACUUCCACAAAGAUAUGGAGUUACAUGAUGGAAUGUCAUAUAAUGGGGGAACAGCAAGUAGGCGAAUUUAGUUGGACAUAGUACAUGAAGGGGAGAGAGUAAUUUGAAAUUAAUCUGCAAGUCAGAAUUGGGAAGGGUUUUAAAAGCCAAUUAGAAAAAAGUUUAUUUUUUAACCUUAGAAACAAAGAGAGCCACUGAAUAACUUGAGUAGAAUAAGUAGCACGGUCACAUUUGUGACUUUGAUAUUGGAGAAAGGAGAGAUUUGAUUCAGGGUGACAAAGUUGUUCCUAGUCUGGGCAAGAAGAGACCCCUAAGUCUCCUUUCAAACCAGUACUACUACUACUACUACUAAUUACCAAGAAUAUAAAAUACUCACUCAAAUCCACUAUGCUCUUCUGUAUUUGACUUCACAAUCAUCAUUAGGCAAACCAUGAUUCCAGAUUGAGAAAGUUGUAUACUUUGACAAGCCUAAAGCCUAAUUUAUAAGGGUCUAUAUGACUAACUUGUUGGGAUGGAUCAUACUGCCUGAAUUUGACUGAGUUGGGCUUAUUUAUCCAUAAUUUGUAAAACCUGAAAAAUGAAUAACCACUGAUUAUUUCUUGAAAAAUAAUUAUCAAAAGACCCUUUUUUGGUUCUUAAAAAAUUUAUUUAUUCAUUUUAAACUCAAAUACCAACAUUUUUGAUGCACACAGCACAGUAUAAAAAGGUAUCCAAUAUAAAACCAUGAAUUUACAUUAAAAAAAAUAAACUAUGCAAUAAAUAAUGCACAUCAUUUUCAAGGCUAACUAACAUAAGUUUUCUUUUGCUUGCUAUUAUGCACUUUUAAUUCUUCCUCCCUCCUUUCCCAUCUUGCCCUAGAAGCCACCAUUAGACACAAAUGUGUUUUUGUAAAACCAUACCAUACAUAUACUUAUCAAUUCUCUUCCUAUUGCUAGCAUUUCUUAGUAAAACCUUAAAUAAUAAUGGUGACAACAGGUAUCCUUGUUUCACUUUUGAUUUUACUGGGAAGCUUCUAGUAGCUCCAUUACAAAUAAUGCUUUUUAUCAUUUUAAGAAAAAAAAUCCCUUUGUGCCUAUGCCUAUGCUUUUUAAGUUUUUUUUUUUAAUAUAAGAACAAACGUUGUAUUUUAUGUAACACUAUUUCUGUAUUUGGAAUAACAAUGGUUUGGUUUUAUAUUCUCUUUUUUUAAAAAAGUCAUUCAGUGAUUUUCUUACACUCAAUUUUGCCUUUAAUUUUUAAGAUUUCCAAUUUAGUGUUUAAUUAAGGAUUUUUAAUUUGUUCUCCUAGUUUUUUAAAAUUGAUUAUCCAAUUCACUGUUCUAUUCUUUAUUUGAUUGAUAUAAGCAUUUGGACAUAGAUUUUCUUCUGCUUAUUGCUUUUGCUGCACCAUAUAGGUUUUAAAUAUGUUGUUUUAUUAUUGUCAUUGAAAUUAUUAUUGCUAGGAUUUGUUUUUUUAACCCAUUCAUCUCCAAUAGCUUUUUAAUCAGUUUUCAUCGUCUCAAUUUAAUAUAAUUUUUAUUGCACUGUGAUCCUCUUUUUAACCUAUCUCUCCUCACAAGUCUGAUUUACUUCUAACCACCACUUCCCCAAUGUGCACCAUUGUAAAGAAUUUCUCAUUAACUAUCCUCUCUCCUUAGCUUCCAAUAUUUUCUUCUACACACACUUUUGAAGUCCCUCCCUUUGGGACAGCUAGGUAUUGCAAUGGAUAGAGAGUACCAGCCCCUGAAGUUAUGAGACAAACCCACCUUCAGACACUUGACACUUACCGUGUCUGACUCUGGGCAAGUCACUUAACUCAAAUUGCUUCACCAAAAAAUAAAUUAGUCCCUUAUUAUGUCCCCUCACCCUCCUGUUUCUUUUGAAAUUUAGAAGACUUUGAUAUCUUUCUAGAUAUGUCGAUUCUCUUUUUAACAAAGUUCUGAUGAGAAGUUAUAGCACUACCAGCUUUCUAAAACCCCAAUCUACUUCUAGUUAAAUUCUUCCAUUCACACCUUAUUUGUAUGAGGUAACUGCUCCAUUUUACCUUUCCCUACCCCCCAUUUUAUUUUUUAUAAUCAUCCUGUCAUUCUCAUCUCAACUCUUUCAUACUAUCUAAAUAAUGAUAAUAUACAGAUAACAUUUUCCCACAUAAGAAGUAAAUCCAGUUUGACCUUAUUGAAGUCUCUUAAUUAGUCUUUAAUGUUUACCUUUUGAUUGCUUCUUUAACCUGUAUCAGAUUGCUUGCUGUCUUGGGGAGGGGGGAGAGGAGCUCGAGGUAAGAGAGGGAGGGAAAAAAAUUUGGAAUAAAAAAAGCUUACAAAAACGAAUGUUGAAAACUCUUUACAUGUAUUUGGAAAAUAAAAUAUUGACCAAAAAAAUAAAAUGUUUACCUCGUUUCUCCUAAAUCUUAUAUGUCAAAUUUUCUAUCAACUCUUUUGUCACAAAUAGCUCAAGUCUUUCAAGUCAUUCAAUUUCCUUCAGAAUUAUACUCAGCUAUGCUGGGCAAAUUAUUUUUGGUUGCAAACCCACCUCCUUUGCUUCUUUGAAAUAUAGCCCUUCAGUCUUUUAAUAUAGAAGCUGCUAGAUUUUAUGUUAUCCUGACUUUCCAGGAUUUAAAUUAUUUUUUCUUAUUGUAUUUUUUCCCUUAACUUGAGAAUUUUGAAAUUUGACUAUAAAGUUGUAAGUUUUCAUCCUGGAAUCUUUUUAGUGAUUGAUGGAUUUUCUUUUCCAUUUUACUCUCUUGUUCAGGGCAAUUUUUCCAUAACAAUUUCUUAAAAUAUAGUAUCUAAUGAGAUGUUUCAGAUUUUCUUCUAUUUUUUUGUCUCUUGAUUUUAUUUCUUGGUAUCAUGUCAUUAGCUUUCCCCUGCAUGACUAUAAUAGUUUUUAAGGAGUUAUUUUCUUUUUUGGAUCUUUUUCCAGUUGGCUGACUUUUUAUAAUUUUCUUGGAUUGCUCUUAUUUUUCCCCCUAAUUUUUCUUCCUUUCAUUUGUUUUUAAAGGCUUUAAUAAUGCAACUAUUUUUAAGCUUGUGGCUUUUUUUAACUACACUAAUCUAAUUCUGAGGUAAAAAUCCAGAUCCUUUCUAUUCCACAGUAAAUAUGAUGGAGUUCUUUUCUUUUUUGCUUAAUUUUUUUUAGUGGCUUCUUAUAUAAUCAAAUUCUAGACUUGUGGUAUGGGGGAUAAUGCCUCAAGCUUUUCCUAUUGUUUUCUUGUCUUGUCUAGGGUUGACAUCAUGCACUUUUCUCUGCCUAAGACAUGAUUGUCACCACAAAUGCUCUUGUUCUCCCUUGUUUUUCCUUUCUGGGCUUCAAGCCAGGAAUUCCAUUCUCCUCCAAGUGUCCCUAGCCAGCAAGGUUCCCACCCCUCUGCUAGCAUAUUUGCCUACUCACAGCUGCAUCCCAGGACUUGCCCCGCAUUUGGUGACAAUGGAGAGUCCUUCAGUCUUGCCCUCCUUUGCUCACCAACUUCUUUUCCCCUCCUUCCCCGCAGUGUAGGAGGUGAAAGUUUCUGAAGCUGAGGCAGCUGCCCCCAGCCUUUGUUUGUUACAUUUGGUAGUGUCUACCAGUAGGUUUUUGCACUUUGGGCCAAACCUCAUCUUAUAAAACUGUUCUACCCUAACCUAAUUAUUUCUGCCUCUCACACAAGAGUUCACAUCAAGGCUUAUUUUAUCUAAUUUGUGGGAAAAUUUUGUCAAGAGUCACGUAAUUUCCUGCCUAUUCUGCCAUUUUCCUCUAAAGAUUUUUUUUAGAAUAAAAGUCUGAGUAAAAAUAUACCAAUACAACCUCCAUGUCAUAAAUGACAAAAUAGAUAUUCUAAAAUCUGGUCAAUGUCUCAAAUACUUUUAUUUUGAAUCCACAAUCUUAAGGAAGUAGUAAAGUAAUUGCUUUUGCUCUGAGUAGAAAAAUAUUAAUGAAUAUAAAAAAGUGGUGUGAUGUUUUAAAAAAAAUAACCAAAUUUAUUCAGUAGCAGAUACCAUUUUCCAAUUUUUUUGAAACUCCAAUAGUAACAUUCCCGCUACCUUGAUGAAUGCUUAAUAAAUUGCAAAUAACAAAUAACUUACCCCUCAUACUUUAUUAUAAAGUAUGUUAAUCUUUGGGAUGCUUUGAAAAAAAGUUUUAAUUUAGGAAUUUUUGUAGGAUUAUUAUAAGGAACAUUCAGGUUCUGUAAACCAGUUUUACAUGUUUUAGCUGUAAUAGCAUUGAGUUGAAAAGCAGAAAAGACCAGAAAAGAACAACAAAUACGAUAUAGGAAAUGUGAUAAAGCACAAAUCAAUUUGAAAAGCAGAAUUUUUGAUUGGGAUAAUAUUUAAGUGUUGUUGGCUUUAUAUCCUGUCUAUUAAUAUUUAACAAAGCAAGCAAGUUUGUUUUUUUUAAUCUGGAGAAAUAAUUUAAAAAACCUUACCUCACAAUCUUUGUGAAUUAAUAUAAUCUGAGGGUUAACAAAGGAAGACAGUCUUGAUUUACCAGCUGUAGGUUUACCAGUAUAAGCAGAGGCUCAUUGGAGAUAGGAUUUACCAGUAGAUUCCACCUGUUGCAGAAACAAUAAAGGAAUGGGGGGAAGUGUGAGGUUCUAAAAGGUCUGAGCACCAGAAGUGUCCAGCAAGCAAAGAAUAUAAGUAAAGGACAUAUAUAUACUCAGGUUAAAUAAAGAAGCAAAUGUCCACUAUAUUCAUAUCACUUUUUAUGAUAUUGGAAAACUGGAAACAAAGUCAAUACCCAUCAACUGGGAAAUAGCCACUUAAAACCAUGGUAUAUGAAUAUAAUGGAAUGUUAAGCACUAAAAAUGAAUUCAGAGAAACAUAAGAUUUGUACAAGCUGAUUCAAAGUAAAGUAGAACAAUCCUGUCUCCCCGCCCCCCCACCCCCCACAUAUACAGUUAUCAGAACAGUAUAAAUUAGAAGAUGUCUAAAAGGAAGCCAAUUAGAACAGAAAAUGAAAAAAAAAAUCUUACCCCCAAGCAGUUUGUCCCUGAAAAAUAUUUAAUGAAGCCUAUUUUCAGUGCUUUACUAGGCCAUACAGAGAAUACAGAAAUUUGUUACUUCAAAGUAAGUUUGUUUUGUCCUUUUAGGAGUGAGACUUAGAUAACAGAUUUUGAAUUGGAGAGGACUUCAAACUUGAAUUGAAUUUUAAACACUCUUUUUAGGUCUGAAAACUGAAGCCCUUGGUCCAUUCACAACAGAACCCUUCUUUCUUCAAAUUCAUGUUGCUCUGAUUAAAAAUCUCACGUCCUUUUCACUGUUCUACACUAUGAAAUUAUUUGGGCUCCCUUGAAAGUGACACUCAGGACAACAUGGAUACUUGCCAGGAGGCUAUUCGCAAAUUAUUCUUGAGAGUGACAAAAGCAUUUUUUGUCAUGUUGUCACUUGGCUCCAAUCUAACCUUCAUCAAUUCUGCCAGGAACAGGUCCUCAGCACAAAUUGGGUGCUCUUUUCCCCCUUGAUUCCUAGGCCUUUCGAAGAGCUGCACUUUUUUUUUUUUUCCUUUUUUGCCUGGUGCACCUAACUUUGAUUAUUUCCCAGGCUGUAUUCCUGGCAUUAUUAAUGGAGCCAAUGGCCAAA